AUGAACCAAAAGUCCAAAAAAGUGCAUGCAGAUCCUCAGAUAGAACUAAAAUCUUAAAAUCGCUUAAGAUAAAUACGUGUAGACACAUAUGGUUAGCAAAUUUUGAAAGGAUAAAAAAAUCAUAAAAUUGCAUUCAAAGAACAUAUAAAAACAAUUCAUAUAGUAGAGAAUUGGAAAUUGUACAAUCUUGAUCAUAUGGAUAAGGAAGAUGAUUCUUGUCCAUGUUAACUAAUUUGA